ACAAAACAACCAGAGAAAGAAAACAAAACAACCAAGGGAGGAGAGAGAGAGAGAGAGAGAGACGCUGUCAUUCGAAAUUCUCGCCUGUCGUCCCGGUCUCCUUCUCUCGCCCACCGUCGCCGCAGGCCGCACCUGACGAGAUCAGGGCGGCCGAGCGGGCCUCCAUUCCGACCCCGCUUCCGCCGAGCCGAGGGUUCUUGACAUUUUCUUUUGCGGGGUAAACAUUGGUUCAAUUUAAAGGCUCUAGAACUACAGGUGCGCAAAUGAAUGGAAAAUACAGCCCAACAGAUCCUCCUUCUCAAAGUGUACAAUUUUUUUCUUCUCAAAGGACCCUAUAACUCUACGACUUUGCAAUGGCCUCUGAUGCUUAUAUUGAUGAUUCCUGUUCUGAGGUUAUUGAUCCUCCAAAGACUGAGGUACUGGAUGUUACUGAACUCGCUGGCGACCAUAGUCAUCAUUCACCAAAACCGAAUGUGGUGGUAUCUAGCAGUGUACGCGAACUUCUGGAGUGUCCUGUCUGCUUGGGUGCCAUGUAUCCUCCUAUUCAUCAGUGCUCUAAUGGUCAUACAUUGUGCUCAGGAUGCAAACCAAGGGUUCAUAAUCGAUGUCCAACUUGUAGGCAUGAACUGGGUAACAUAAGAUGCCUUGCUCUCGAGAAGGUGGCUGCAUCUCUUGAACUUCCAUGCAAGUACCAGAACUUUGGGUGCUUAGGCAUUUAUCCUUACUACAGCAAGCUGAAGCACGAGUCACAAUGCCAAUUUAGGCCUUAUAGUUGUCCAUAUGCCGGAUCUGAAUGCACAGUUGCUGGUGACAUUCCAUAUUUGGUAAAUCACUUGAAAGAUGAUCACAAAGUUGACAUGCACAAUGGCUGCACCUUCAACCAUCGUUAUGUCAAGCCAAACCCUCAUGAAGUUGAGAACGCCACCUGGAUGCUUACGGUGUUCAGUUGCUUUGGCCAGUACUUCUGCCUACAUUUCGAAGCAUUUCAGUUGGGCAUGGCACCCGUCUACAUUGCCUUCCUGAGGUUCAUGGGGGAUGAUGCGGAAGCGAAGAACUACAGCUACAGCCUGGAGGUAGGAGGCACGGGGCGCAAGAUGAUCUGGCAGGGGGUGCCACGGAGCAUCAGAGUCAGCCACAGGAAGGUCCGAGAUAGCUAUGAUGGGCUAAUCAUCCAGCGGAACAUGGCCUUGUUCUUCUCGGGUGGUGACAGGAAGGAGCUCAAACUGCGGGUCACUGGGAGGAUUUGGAAGGAGCAGUAAGAUGAUCAGCUAACCCCACCCUUUUUGCUGCUGUCCUGAGCUCAUGAAUCACAUAGCAAGAACUGUAGCUAAUGCGUAGGUGUGAUUCUGAAACCAACUUGCAGUAACAUUUUUUAGCCUGUGUUAGUUAGCAUCAUCUUCUGGGGCUGGGGCUUUGGAUGCCACCCAUGUAAACCAGGGCGGUGCUGAUGUAGAAUUUGUGGCUAUCUCCUCUUUGCUUUGAACUGCUUCAGAGUCGCCAUUCUGUGGUACAGGGAAAUCUAAUAGCGACUCAUGAGUCAUGAGAUGUGAAUGAUGUAGUUUCCGUCUGCUCAAGUUCUAUCAGUUCACUGCCUCAGCUGCUUGAGAAUUAAGCAUGGUGAAAUGACGAAAACAUUCUUCUGGAA